AUGAAAAAAAAAGUUAUUUUUCGAAACACGAGACUUGAUAAAAACCUAACAGAUAAAAUAUCAGCCAGAUCAUUUCCUUUUGUUCUAUUAUAUUUAAAGGUGUGUGUUUGUCCAGACAUGAUAAAAAGAGGGAGAGGGAAAUUAUCACAAUCCUCAGCCGUUAGUUUUACGGCUAAUUUUCUUCAAUCACGUGUUAUUAGUACAGAUGUGGGUGUUAGACUGGCAAAGUUAUAUGAGGCUUUACAAGUUAAAAAUUUGGAAGAAUUUAAUCAAAAAUUGGAGGAAUUGAGUGAAAAUAGUAGUGAGAAAGCUAGAAUUAUUCAAAAAUUAAAAGAAUCUUUUAUUCAAUGGGAAGAAUUUUUAUCAGAACUGGAUAGAGAAUUGGAACGUAUAGCUGGGCCAGAAAAACGUUCAGAAUUGGGAAAGAAUGGAACUGAUAUUCAAUUGGUCAGCCAUUUAAGUCGUCUGGCACAGAAUGGUUCUCUUUUAUCUUAUGUACAGUCAUCAAGCUAUUCUCUUAUGUUUUUAGAAGUAGUAUCUUCCUUCGCCGUUCAAGAAUGUUACGAACACGUAAAGAAAAUGUUCGACUCCUUAACAGAAUUUCAUAAAUUAGGAUGUGAUAUUCUUUUAUUAACUCAGAGACCAACAACGGGAGGUGGAGGUUUUCUCAAAUUAAUUGGAAUGCCGUUUAGAAUGUUGUUAAAUGAAAGCGAAUCUAUGAGACAGAUUUUAAUGCACAGACAGUCGGCUUUGUCGAUGGCGGGGAUUAGAGCAUUACACAUUUACACAGAAUUUUUGUGUAACGAUCACCCAUUGGAAAUUGCUUCUUCUAAAAAUAAUGGAAAUAAUGGGGUAUUGGAGAAGCAACAAAGUGGGUGUAUUUUGCUCAAUCAUGAAGGGCAAAUUUUGUAUUCUUAUUUAUGCACUGAUUCGAGUGAUUGGCCUGAUGUUGAAGUUUUGCUUGAACAAGUAAAUGACCUCGUUAUAAGAGACCCCCUCAUUAGAAAAUACCCCCCGAUUUAAUAUACUACCUCCCAUUAUAAGAUAC